AGAUUAGCACCAGACGGUGGACCCGCGCAGAGAUCCCAGACUGGAGCAACGAGCUUCGUUCCAACCACAAGAGCCUCAUCAGCAAACUUUGCAACAAGCAUUGCUGGGAAUCCCUCCUGGCGUGCAGCAGCUAAUAGCACAACAUCCAGAGCUCCUGCAACAAAUCGUUUCCCUCGCUUCUCCAGCAGAGGUGACGCACCUCCUUACACUGCUAGGUUUAGUUCCAGGCGCACCAGAGCAAGCUUUUACCCCCACCCUGCAGCCGACAGGCUAUCUUGCGCCUGUCCAACAGCAGCAGCAGCACAGUAAUAUAUGGGCAAGUUCGGUCCAGUCAAACCACCCUCCCCAGUCACAAAAGUCGUUGUCUGUAGCGCCCACUCCACCAAACAACAUACAGCACCAAACACCCUCUUUAACAGAGCAAAAAACUGACGUUGGACACUUUUCGCAUGACAGCUCCCAAGCAAUACCCCGUAGUAAUAUGGGGACACUUCAUACAAUUCCACCGGCUUCUCAGAAGCGCCCAAGAUCCCCGCCUUCGUCUCAAGCCCUGCCGCCAAUGAAUGAUCGACACGUCCCACUUGCGACUCAAAAGAAACAUGAACCCCAAGUGCCUAGCGACGGAGAUGUGGAGCUUGAUAUGAAGUCACCGUGGAGAUAUUGGAAUGUAAUUACAGGCACUCGAUAUCAGAAUCGCCUAAUCCAGACAUACAGGCCAGAUGGAUAGGAAGUUGAGCGUCCGGUCAUGUGAUGUCACGCCAAUGCUUGCAACCGGAAUGCACAUGAAACAAAUGUGUAAAAUGCAAAUUGAACCACUUCUUGAUCUUACCCUUCCAUGAGAGUUGAAAGUUGUCUUCGUUUGUUUCCCUACAACGAUCUGCUCUCAUGAUAGCUAUAAAAAAACGGUUCAGUAAGGCACAAGCGGUUGCACAGCAGUGGACUGAGGAAAGGCGUCAGCAGCUCUUGAAAGAUCCGGAAAUCAAGGAAUUACUGGGCGCAUUAGAGCUCGAAAGGGCGCAGUCGGUACCCGUUUCUUCGGCGUCCCCAGAAGAUAUUGCCAAAGUUACUGGGUUCAAUUUUUCCCAGAAUGACAUGGAAGGAUAUAGUAAUUGGGACUUAGAGGCUCAAAAUGUAAUUCCUCCACUUCAACCGUCAGAUGUCUUCACUAGACAGAUGGACCGCUUAAACAGAUGGUUCAACCCAAAAAGUGAAGCUCUUGCUCGCUCGUUUCUGGAUAACUAUAUCUUGGAAGGGUUGGAGCACACGCAACCCAGUGACAGUCCUCUCACAUUUUACGGAGAGGUUAGCGUUAGUCAGACGAACCCAUCGGUCAAGAUGACGCUGGCAGGAGAUAUCGACUAUGUGUUUGCGUAUGGAGAUGCAACGAAACCUCAAGUCCAAAAUAUUGUCCUAUUGGCAGAGGCGAAAAGCCGCAGAGUAGCCAUUGGAGGUUGGAUUAUGGUUCAAUUGCUGGCGUACAUGGCGAUGGUAUAUCGAGCGCGCAAAGUCAGCAAAAAGAUAAAUCCCGGUGUUUUCGGUAUUAUGACGAAUGGCCAUGCAUGGAUAUUCUGUCGAAUUGAUAACGACGGAGAGGUGUACCAGUCUCCUAGGUACACGGGAACAGACGUGGUUCUACGAAACCUUGCUUUUGUUCUUGAUGCUUCAAAGAUUUCAUCCCCGUCGACCACCCCCUUCGGCUCGGAGGAAGAUCUCAGCGCAAGCAGCGUUUUUGCUAGUCUUGAGCACCUUGCAGGGUAUACACCGGCCAUCAAGUCUGCCGAAGAGGAAGCAGAAAGUCAAGACCCACAAAAUUUUGAUGUGGUGUUUGAGGGACCAGAGGAGGACCGUGAACCUCCAUACUAAAGAACGUACAGCACUAUCUUAAUUUUGCCUAUUUCAUAUUUUAUUUGCAUCUUUCAAUGUAUAUUUCAAAUACAACGGCUCGACGUGAAUCGUACUGAUGAUCGACGUUGAGGGAUGUAUUCUUACGUAACCGCACAAAUAUGACUCACCAGGAAGAGUUCAUUACUCACAUCACGCG